AUGCUUGAGGCUGGAGGCUUCGUUUGUAUUCAGCAAAGUAUAUUUCAUCACAACUGUGACUAUACAAACUUAACAAACGAUUAUCAAAAAUUUGAUUGUAUUGCUGAAAUAAGGAAUUUUGGGCUCGAACUACUGUUGCUUGAGGCUGGUGAUGACAAGACUGACAUUUAUGGUAGAAAAUAUCACAAUGACCACUCACAAUUAAAAAUAGCAUUAAAGGAUUGCUUAGAUAUGUUUAUGGAAUGGUUACAUCUGUCUACAGCAGAAAUAUCUGAAAUUUGCACACUUGGAUUGCAAAUUAUUGAUACAAAAUGGAUCAUCUAUUCAAUGACCUAUGAUCCUUUAUCCAAAUACUAUUUUUUUCACCAACUAUGUUCUUUUCACUUUCCGACAUCAUUCUCUGAUUUGGAAUUUUUUCUGCCAUAUCUUAUAGAAAAUUUAUUGUCACUUCGGCACACUAUGUUAAAUAUGGUGAACAAAACCAAAGAAGUUACGAUUGCUGCAAGAACAACUACGCCAUCACCUCAAUCAUCACCGUUACAUGAGACACCUGAAACUCCUCCACAAAUAAAAUGA